AUGUCUUCUGAGCUAUUGAAUAUUAAACUUAUGGAAAAAAUAGCAUCAGGCGCGUUUGGUGAAAUUUAUUUAGCCAAAGAUACAAAUCUUAAGAUUCUUGUAGCAGUAAAAGUUGAGAAAAAAGGAAAUAUGACACAGAUUAAACAUGAAUAUCAAGUCUAUAAAAGACUUAUUAAAUUUUCAAAUAAAUUUUUACUGCCCGAUGAACCUGUUCCAAUUCCUAAAAUUUUUACAUAUGGUAAAAUUUUAGUAAAAGAUGUGUACAUGAACUGUUUGGUUAUGGAGUUACUUGGUAAGUCAUUAGAAGAGCUUUUUGUACAUUCAAAUAGACGUUUUGCACUAAAAACUGUCGUUAAAUUGGCAAUAAGAAUGUUGAAGAGCAUAGAAAUGGUUCAUAAUAGUCAUUUUGUUCACAGAGACAUAAAACCCGAUAAUUUUGUAUUUGAUAUUGAAGAAAAAAAUUUAUAUUUAAUAGACUUUGGUCUUGCUAAGGAAUAUAGGGAUCCACGUACACAUGUACAUAGAGAGAUAAGAUAUGACAAAUCACUUACUGGAACUGCACGAUAUGCUAGUAUACGUACACAUCAAGGAUAUGAACAAAGUAGAAGGGAUGAUUUAGAAAGUUUAGGGUACUGUCUUUUAUAUUUUUUAAAAGGCAGGCUACCAUGGCAGGGACUUAGGGCAGAAAAUAAACAAGAAAGAUAUGACAAGAUUAAAGAAUGCAAAGAGACAUUAAAAAUAUGGGAACUGUGUGCAGAUCUGCCUCAUGAAUUUUAUAUGUAUGUUUUUUAUGUAAGAAAUUUAGGAUAUGAGGAUUGGCCUAAUUACGAAUAUCUUAGAGGCUUGUUUAAGACGAUAAUGAAAAAAAAUGAAUGGAGAAAUGAUGAAUGA